AGAGUUCGUUCGCCAAGAUUACCAAUCACCAUGCGCGCCGUGUCGCGAAUCGUCCAGUCAAUCCUGCGCGUGUGGCAGUUGAUCUGCUCCAUCAUCGUGCUCGGCAUCCUCGCCCGCUUUCUGCACCUGCUCUCGCAGGCGGGCGCGGCCAAGGAUGGGCGCAUCGUCUACGGCAUCAUAUUGGCGUCCAUCAGCACGCUCUUCUCGAUCGUCUUCAUGGCCCCUUUCAUGCACUCGUUCCUCGCCUGGCCGGCCGACUUUGCCCUGUUCAUCAUGUGGCUGGUCCUCUUCUGCCUCUUGAUAACGCGCACCGGCACACACACGUGCUCCGGGGCCUGGUUCUCGAACUACUGGGGGUUCUACUGGGGCGGAUGGCGGAGGGUAACGCCGUUUGGGACCACCGGAUGCGACUACUGGCGAACAGAUCUGGCCUUCUCCUUCAUGGCCAUGUUUGCCUUUCUCGUUACCACCAUCCUGGUAAGACCAUCAUCACCCCUAUCUACCAGUGUCAUCAAUAUCGUCUGGUAUUCGACCUGA